AUGACGGAUCUGAGUCACGAGGAGUCGGACGGUGAGGAGCAGUUGCAGGUGGAGGACACGUUUCAGGAGGGCCAGGAGAAGGAAGAACAACAGGAUAAAGAGAAAAUCAAGGCUGAAGACAACGCUAUUGAAAUGUCAGAGGACUUCGAUGGCCAGAUGCAUGAUGGGGAUGAGAAAGAACCAGGUGAAGAUGAAGACUCUGAUAAAGAGGACCAGGAGGAUCUGGACAAAAAGAUGGGGAACCUGGGUGAAGGCGAGACUGACACUCUGGAUGAGAGGAUGUGGGGAGAUGAUGAAGAUGAUGAUGAGGAGGAGGAAGAGGAAAGUGACCAGGAGGAAGAGUCUGGCCAGGGCAUGGACCAGGGUGAAUCCGAGCUGGUUGCCAAAGACGACAACUUGGACGCUGAAGAGCAAAACAAAGACAAGAAAAACCAGGAUAAAGAUGAACAGAUGGUUGAGGAGGAGAAAGAAAAGAUCCACGAGCAAGGAGAUGAGAGGGAGUUUGAUGAGAAUGAAGUGGAUCCGUACCACGGUCAGCAGGACAAGAGGCCUGAGGCUGAGGCCAUGGAUCUGCCCGAGGAUCUCAAUCUGGACCAGGAUGAAGAACCUGGAGAGGAUGGAGAGGGCGAGGGUGACGAAGAGAAUCCCUUAGACAUCGAUGAAAAAGCCAUGGACCUGGACGAGAAGGAGGAUGGAGAGAAAGAUGGAGGAGAGGAUGAAGGAGCAGAGGAGAUGCAGGAGGAACAGACAGACCUACCAGGAGAGGAGAAGGAGAAGGAGCAAGAGCCCAAGACUGAAGAGGAGGAGGGAGAAGGGGAGAAAAAAGGAGUUGACGAGGAGUCUGCUGCGCAAGAUGAAGAGGAGGAGGAGGAGGAGAAGGAGAAGAGUGGACAAGAGGCAGGAAGAGAUGAAGAUCACACUGUUCGCGACGACAAAGGAGACAAACCAAAAGAUGAAGAGGAGGAGGGUGGGGAUGAGGAGCAGCCAGAGUCAGCAGAGAGGAAGGAGCAUGACCGAGACGGUCAGACUGGAGAGGAGAAUGUCCAGAGUGACACAGCUGUGGAGCUGGGAGGAGAGGCGUCGGAGAAAGACCAAGCUAAAGAGGAACAUGGGAGCGGGGCAGCUGAUGCCAGCCAAGCAGAUGGUCACCAGUCAAAGCUGACGGCUAGAAUGGCUGCACAGACACAGACUCAGAUGGAGAGCAGCAAGGACAGAAGUGCAGACAACAGGCCGAGCGACGCCCAGCAGGAUUCUGAGCUGUACGAGCACAUCAAACAGGGAGAGACGGCCUACGACACUCAGACAUACGAUGUGGCAAGUGCAGACCAGCAGAAAGCAGCGGGGCCUCAGCAGGACCAGGAUCAGAAAGAUGAGGAUGUUGCCAUGGAAACAGAGGACCAGGAAGAGGACCUCCGUGCCGCUGAUGUUCAGGAGCUGAAGCCUGAGCAGCUGGAUUCAACCAAGGCCUCCCAGAAAGGUGUAGACAGUGGGGAGAUGGACGUGCAGAGGCAGGGCGAGGAGGAGGAGGACCAGGAGAGAUGGAAGGACCGCCAGCGUCUCGCAGAAGAUAGGCGAGCAGAGAGAAGCACAGAAUCCACAAUUCACACUAUUCCUGAGCUGCUGAUGGACACCAUGGAGGAGAGUGCAGCUGCCUCCAUGUGGCAUCAGUACCAGACCCUGACCUCCGCUCUGUCCCAGCAGCUGUGUGAGCAGCUCCGCCUCAUCCUGGAGCCCACACAGGCCGCCAAGCUCAAAGGAGAUUACCGCACAGGGAAGCGUCUGAACAUGAGGAAGGUCAUCCCCUACAUCGCCAGUCAGUUCCGCAAAGACAAGAUCUGGCUGAGGAGGACCAAGCCCAGUAAGAGGGAGUACCACGUCUGUCUGGCUGUGGAUGACUCCUCCAGUAUGGUGGACAACCACUCCAAACAGCUGGCGUUUGAAUCCCUGUCAGUGAUCAUCAACGCUCUCACUCUACUGGAGCUGCUCCACCCCUUCCAGCAGCAGUUCAACGACGAGUCCGGGGCUCGGAUCCUCCGACUGUGUCAGUUCCAGCAGAAGAAGACCAGAAUAGCUCAGUUUAUGGAGACUUCCACCAAAAUGUUUCUCGCAGCUCGGCAGCAGAUUCCAGGAUCUGUAAACUCAGACACGGCCCAGCUGCUGGUCAUCGUCUCUGACGGCAGGGGUCUCUUCCUGGAGGGGAAGGAGCGGGUGACGGCAGCAGUGCGAGCAGCUCGCAGUGCAAAUGUGUUUGUCAUCUUCGUGGUUCUCGACAACCCCAACUCACGGGACUCCAUCCUCGACAUCAAGGUCCCCAUAUUCAAAGGGCCGGGGGAACUCCCAGAGAUCCGCACCUACAUGGAGGAGUUCCCCUUCCCCUUCUACGUCAUCCUGCGAGACGUCAACGCCCUGCCGGAGACGCUGAGCGACGCUCUCAGGCAGUGGUUUGAACUGGUCACGGCAGCCGACCAAUGAGAAGCCAUCUUUCACACAAAGGGAAGAAGUGUGCGGCGACCCACUGCACAAUGCCACUCUGCUGCUAAGCUUCUCAGCCAGAACUGAAAAUCAACAGAACAAAAAAAUAAAACAGAAGACGGAUUUACCGCUGUACAUGUGCCUUUAUUUUCCUAUUUUUACUGUAGAUUUUAGUAGAGUUUAAUAGCAACCUUUGCUGUUUUAUCUUUGUUAUCAGAAGAAUUGUGUUUCUUUUGUAAUGUAGCGAGGAUUGCUUUAACUUGCACGUCUCAGAUGAAGCGAUAGAAGUAAAAUUGUGAUUUCAUUGCGUGUGAACCACCUCAGUGAAGGGUCAGUAAAUACCUCUGUCCACCUUGUACAAUACCCCCUGACCGUCUGUUUGUCCGUGUGGAUGGGACAGUCAGUGCUGCAGAGAUCAUCCAGUCAUCCAUGUGUGAACACGACAGACGUGCAGAGCUGUGCUUUGUGUAAAAUGGACGUCACGACCUACAGUAGCAUGUUGUCGUGGUCGUGACUGAGGAACUCCUAAAUGUGCCUUGGAGAGGAGAACAGUGUUGCAUCUCCCUCCACAGCUGGAUCAGCUGCUGGUUGAGGAGUCGGAGGCACGGCCACAGCUCUGUCACCGAUUUUUUAGAAACUCCAAUCUCACACACUUUGAAGCACAACGACUGUUCCGCAGAUUCCAGUUUUGAGUGAAUGCCCCAGAAUUACCAGCGUGUGUGGUUUGAAGAUGACACAUCUGCUGAGCGACGGCUCAUCAACGUGUCUGUUAGGACUAGAUGAAAUGUGCAUUGAAAUGUUUCUCAUCACCUCUGUGUUUCGUAGCGUACAUGUAAGUGUCAGAAGACACUGGCCAUUUUUAAGAGCUUCCAUCUGUUAAA